AUUUAUCUCAUUUGAAUGUUGAUUCACUGGAGGAUAGCUGUACACAAUGUACGAUUGUAUGGAUUAAAUAGAAGAGGAGGCUUAGAAGAUAUAUCAAAGAUAGCAUUGAAUGAUGAUGAAACUCAACUCAUUGUCGGAGCAAAAGACACGCUAUUGCAACUUAAUGCUUCAGAUUUAUCAGAUAUACAUGUUGUGGAUUGGUCAGUUGAGAGGUCAACGAAAGAUGUAUGCUUAAGCAAAGGAGAAACCACGGAGGAUUGUUGUAAUUUUAUACGUGUGUUAUUAAUACAAGGUCCUUCGGUGUUCGUCUGCGGAACGUACGCAUUUGCUCCAAGAUGCGCUUGGCGAAACACAAAUGACAUUCGAGAAAUGCUUGGAACGGUGAGCGGGGUUGCAAAGUGUCCAUUCAACCCACACCAUAAUAGCACAGCCAUCAUUUCUAGCGAUGGGGAUCUUUAUACAGGCACUGUUUCUGAUUUCAAAGCUAGAGAUCCAUCUAUCUUCCGUGCAAUGGGACCCAGUCCUAAAUUAAGAGCUGUUGAGUACAACUCCAAAUGGCUAAGUGAGCCUAAUUUUGUAUCAUCUUAUGAAAUCGGUCCAUUUAUUUAUUUCUUCUUCCGCGAAACGGGUAUAGAACACAGCACUUGUGGAAAGACAGUAUACUCAAGAGUGGCUAGAAUAUGUAAGAAUGAUGUUGGAGGAGAAUAUGAUAGAGAUGAUCAUUGGACAACAUUUACUAAAGCAAGAAUCAACUGUUCUUUACCUGAUUCUUUCCCCUUUUAUUUCAAUGAUCUUCAAAGUACUCACUAUAUACCAGAGGAAAAAGUAAUAUAUGGCAUAUUCACAACAGACAGGUACAGUAUAUCAGGAUCGGCUGUGUGCAAGUACCACUUAGAUGACUUAGAAGUGGCUUUCUCAAGCGACUACCAGUAUCAGCACAAGUCUCGUGCAACGUGGGUCCCUAAGAAAAAUUCAAAGCCAAACUUCGCCUGCCAAAUAAGAGGAAAACGUGGUGACUCGAAGGUGUCUGAAUUCCUAACUGUCAGAAAGCUAUCUGAAGCAAGAAAGUACCAGUUGAUGGACAAAGCUGUACAGCCAUCAGGCAAACGGCCAGAGUUUAUUGAAAAGGACACAACGGACAGGCUUUCACAGAUUGUAGUUGACGUGGUUAAAGGAAAAAACUCAUCUUUUCAUGUCAUGUUUGUUGGAUCAGAGGAAGGAAAAAUACAGAAGUUGAUGAAACUGCCAGGGACUGAUGUUACAUGUGUCUUGGAAAAGUUUGAUGCCUUACCAGUUGGUCAUAAUGAAGGAAUUAAAGUUAUCAAGCUUUCCAAGAAAAAGGGUGUAUUGUUUGUUGGAACCAACAGUCAGAUAAUACAGGUGCCAUUGCAGCGAUGUGAUCGAUUUCUAACUUCUAGGGAUUGUAUUGAUGCUAAAGACCCAUAUUGUGGUUGGGAUCUCAGACAGAAUAAGUGUACCACAAAACACAGUGCAAAAGAUCAUUCCCUGUGGCAACAAUCUAUUGACAGUUGUCCUGUCCAACACAGUAUUGCAGUUGAUGGUGGUUAUGGACCGUGGUUGCCGUGGGUUCCAUGUAGCAGUCCAAUAGGAAAAGAACGGUGCUUCUGUCGGAAGAGGGAAUGCGACUCUCCGAAACCGCAGGAUGGAGGACGAGACUGUGUUGGGGAUUUUAUGCAGGUCGCUAAUUGUUCAGGACACUGGGAUGAGUGGAGUGACUGGGGCAAUUGCUCAGCUGAUUGCGGAGUUGGUAUGAAGACAAGAACUCGGAAGUGUAUUGGAUCCGAAAUCUGCUUUGGAGAACCUUCUGAAUCACGUGAAUGCAAUACUUCCCCAUGUCAAAGUAUAAAGAAAGCAUAUCAUUGGACGCCGUGGACAAUCAAAAACCUAACCUCUGAUGGGUAUGUUCUUCAUCGAUCUCGAUUAUCCUGCAGGGCAAAAGUUGAAAGUAAAAGUUCAAUCAGGAUAUCGCAGAGAAGAGAACAGACCCAAGAAUGUUCCUUCAGUGAUGCACAAUCAUGUUGGCCAGAUGCAGAAUACUUUGGUGGAUACACCAACUGGUCACCUUGGCUGGAGUGUUCUCAGACGUGUGGAUGGGGCAUCCAAGUGAGGCAUCGAGCCUGCAUUCCUGGCUACAAGCUAUGCCAGUCAGGGCAGCACCAACAGAAGACCUGUAAAAUAGCAGACUGUCCAGUAAAAGGCGCGUGGAAUUGUUGGACUGCAUGGAGUGAAUGCUCAGCUUCGUGCGGCCCGGGCGUCCAGCACAGAUACCGUACUUGUACUAAUCCCGCCCCUGCUUUUAAAGGGGCGCCAUGUGUGGGGGAAAAUUCACAGGUACAGGAGUGUAAACUAACGGAAUGCCCAGCUUACAAUGGAUGGAAGAAUUGGGGUGAUUGGUCAUCGUGUCGCAACAGCCGACGGCACAGAACCCGUCGUUGUGACUUCCUCUUUCCAGUACAUGGUAUGUGCUCCGGAUGUGGGAAAGAAGUUGAAUUUUGCGGGAAUGAUAUUCGCGAGUUCAAACUAGUGGCAGGAAGCGCAAAAGUUUCAGCCAGCGGCUACAACAUAGAUGAAAAUGAAGAAGACUGUGCCGAAAAGGCAAAGAUGGAACGUGUAUACAUAGCUAUGGUUGCGAUGGGCUCGGCAAUAGCUGGCGCUGUAGUCUGUCUAACCGUUCUGUCAUCGUAUAAUAAACACAAGUCAAAUGCAUCGAUAGAUAAUGAACUUGAGGACACAUCUGACUCAUUUGUUACUGAGUUUGACCUCGAUGGCUAUUCUGAUCAAAAGUCCUUCAAUAGCGAUUUGUCCACAGGUGUUAAAUCCAAAGUAUGCUGCUCACCCAAGCGUUAAAAAUUGUUGUUUGCUUGUUAAAAAAUAAAUGAAUAUGUAUAAAUGUAUGUAAUAAAUGUUAUAUAAAAUGUAUUAUUAUUUUUUAUUGUUUAAUUUCAUUAUGUAUAAUUCUUAGUAUUAUCAAUUUUACUUUCAUAUUUAAAUAUUUUUAUGUUUAUUGUUUUUUGUAUUUAAUUAUGUUUAGGGCUGUUUUUACCAAGAUAUAAAAAUAUAAAUUAUAAUAGUAUUAAUAUCCCCAGGCAAGAGAUGACAAGAAAAUUUGAACGAUGUCUUUUAAAUAAUGAAUUCAUUUGUUUCUAAUUGUUAACAUCUGAAUCCAGUAUUAAAAAAACAUUUUGGUCAUCCAAUUCAAGUAUUAUAUAACAAACAUUUAAUUGUGAUUAUUUUGGGAAAGAAUAUUACAGAAUAUAAUAUUUAUUAGUAUUAAGACAUUUGGAAUCGAUUAUUUUUCCAGUGUUUUUGUCAGUUCAAUUGGGCUAAAACUGAGCAUUUUGAUAUUAGAAAGUCUACAAAAUAUACACAAAUUUUGUUAAAUAUGAAAAAUUGGGGUGAUAAAUAGACAUAAUUGCAGUUGGAUUUAUUUUGAUAACCAUAUAACCAGAUUUAUAAACCCUAAAUAAUGAUACUCACAAAUAUUAUUUGUUAUUACUGUUAAAUAUAGGGAAAGCAUUGUAAGUUCGGGCCUGUAUUAGGCUGUAUGUUAUUAACAGAUUGCGUUUUUGGUUUUCCAGAAACUGGAAUAAUAAAAUUAAAUAACUAAUUAUGAUAGGCCUAUACAGUAAAUUCCAUUACAAUCAGGGAGGUAGUAUGUAUUAAGAGCAUCAGAACUGUAAUCCAAAUGUUCCUGGAUUGAAUAGCAAAACUCUAUAUUUUCUUUCUCCACUUCCAUUAUUUGCCCAUAUAUGGAUGUGAUAUGACAUCAUCAUGGCUACAUAUAUAUUUUAUGAUAAUACGGAGACGGCUUAAGCCGGUAUGUAAUCCCGACGAACUUAUUCGAGAAUAUAUAGUCCUCUUUUCUAAAAUAUAGUUUUAUUAUUGGUCUAACUCUUCUGAUUUCCAAUAAUGUUAAUUUGAAUUUGGUUAAAAAUUUGAUUUAAUUCAUUUCGGUUCUAUUUGUCAGAGUAGUAUAUGAAAAGACAAACAUUCCUGUAAAGAAAAAAAGAUGAGAGGACUGAUAUUUAAGAUUGAUAGAAAAAUACUUUUAGCUGGUGGUAUUCGUUAAAAACAUUUGGUAUAAAACAUAAAAAAUGACUUAUGUUUCAGUGGUACCUGUAUAUUGAUAUCUGCUGAUAAUAUGGUGCUUAAUUUCCAGUUAAAGUUUGGUAAUGUAGGCCUAGUUCCAGCAAGUGAGUUUUGGAAAUUCUUGAAGAAACUGUCGCAUUGGAUUUUGGGUAAUCCUAUGUACAUCUCAGGUAAUCAGCUGGGAUAAACAGUGGAUAAUCUAAUAUAUAAGUAUUGUAUAUGAUUUAAUAUAUUAUGGAUUAGCACUUUCAUACGUGAAUAAUACGUAUUUAAUUGAUUUUGCUAAGUAGUCUUAUCUAAAGUUAUCGCGUCACUGAUUUCUUAUUGAAAUUUAACUGUAAAUUGUAAAUAAUAUUAUUUAUUAUCUUGCAUGUGUGUAGGUCUAUUUAUAUUGACGAUAUCGAUGAAUAUGACACAAGGCAAGUUGCCAAUCUUUUCAAGAAAAGCUGUAAUAAUAUUUGCAAAAGUGUUUGGUCGGGUGGGAUGAAGUAUUGUUUUAACAGUAUUUUUCAAUGACAUGUUUCAUUUUUACAUAGAUGUUACUGAAAUAAUUUUUUAAAAUAAUGUUUGGUCAACCUUUAGGUACGUAGGUCUAUAUUGGCGCGUGGUUAUCAUAUACGAUAGUAGGCUUAUUUCUCUCCUUUGGUUCUUGAUUCUCAUCCUGAGUACGGUAGUUUUCAUCAUUUUUCUGCAAUACCUUUGUUUCGAUUAAAUCUUUAAAUCGAUUAAAGUAGCAUUAACUAGCAUUUGAAAUAAGUUUUGAUGUGACAAAUUGUAUAGCUCAGAAUUCCAAAGCUAUCAUUAAGGUGGAAUUCAGUACAAAUGCUGGAUUCGUUAUUUUCUUUUUAAAACAUUGUGGAAUAUUAAGUACGAAAGAUUAACUGUCAUGAAAAUUACAAUGUAAAGAGGAAUUACAGUACAUUGGUUACAAUAACAAUAGGUAACCAAAUUAAAUUUGCAGUGCUUUCUUACAAGGCUGAGAUGUCUUUUGAUAGUAGGUUUAUUGCUACGAUUCUCGUGCAUCAUGACGUAUUGAUUUUUAGACCUACUUUUUGUGUACAAUAUUUUAAAAAAAUGCGAAUAUCGUCUUUUCCGCAUCCCUUCCCAAUAAUAAAAAUAUAAACAACUCAACGUUUCAAUGUAUUUAUGCAUUGUAUACAUUUAUUUAAUAUGAAUUUGUAUGUGUAUAUAGUUCAAUGAAGAAGAACCGUGUAUUUGAUAUGUAAAGUUCUGUUGGAAAGUUUACUUUAGGCUUUACAGCAGUACGUUAGCAGCUUAAAAUAGGCUUAGUGUUAACAGAUGUAAGCUGUAUUGGGUAAAUUUCAAACUAUUAUUUGCCUGGUUACUCUUUUGUAAAGCCUGUUUUCAGAUUAGACAAAAAAUAAUGUGCAUGUUGUGUCACUUGCACACUCUCAAAUUGGGUGAAUAAUGUAAAACGUUCGAUAUGGGCGGAUUUCGACUGCGCGCUGAGCAGCAACAACUAACGUAGGUGCAGUUGAAAUUUCGCACUAACAUUCCGCUUUAAAAACGAUUAAAAUAUUGUUAAUGAACACAGGUUUUACAUUAGGUCAUGGCUAUGCAAGCAUGGGUAAAAGCUGAUAUUGUUAUUGUAUUGAGAGAAACGAAUAAAAUACAAAACUGCGUAAA